AAACACUUAAAUAACGCUUAGCCAUAACCCAUACCUAGCUAGUUGCUAAUACCUCCCUCCCUCUUUCAUUCCUUUAGGGAUAAAAAAGAACAAGGAAAAUGCAAUUUCUUGUCAAAGUAGCAGACACCAACGAAGAAACCUUCUCAUACCACAAUACAUUCAUUAACAUUCAUCAAAAAGAAAAAAAAUAUUUUUUUUUCUAUUUUAUGUUCAUAAGAUUGUCAUAGAAGAGAUACCAUAGUAAAUUAUUUGAUGCAUAAAUAUAAACCAGAGAAAGAAGAAGUUUGAGCAUCACUGGGACUGUGUUUGGCUUUAAAAGUCAAAGUCAACGUCAAAGUCAAAGUGGCAUCACUAACUACAAUAUUACAUGCACAACCUAGUUUUGAAGUUGAAGAUAUAGCAACACAACACAAACAUAAACUCUAAUCAUUAAUAUAAAAAUAUUUCUUUAGGAGAAAAAAAAAAAAAACAAGAAGAAGAGAACAGAGCUGAAUCAAGACACGGAAAUUGAGAUAUUAUUCAUUCAAAGAGAAAAUUCUCGAGAGGGAGGAGAUCCAAAAAGAAUCCAACAACGAGCUGAGUGAGUGGCUGUGGCACUCGAUUUUUCUCUGCAAAUUGGUCAACCGAGUUUGUCUAAGGAAUAAUACUGGGAUGAAUUGCUAUUUUAUUCUCGAUACCCAUGCAAAUUGGUGAAUUUGAACUUGUUGGGUGCUGGAGAAAUUUGUAAUUUUGGGUGGAAACGGCUUUCUGAAUGGUGUAGGAGUCUGUUUUAUUGAGCAAUGCAACCCCAGCAAGGGUUCAGAAUUGAUUUAGCUGAAUUGAAAUCUCAGAUAGUGAAGAAGAUUGGGGUUGAGAGGUCAAAAAGGUAUUUUUAUGAUUUGACUAGGUUUUUAAGUCAGAAGCUCAGUAAAAAAGAGUUUGAUAAGUCAUGUUACCGCUUACUUGGGAGGGAGAAUCUGCCACUGCAUAAUCAGUUGAUACGUUCAAUGUUAAAAAAUGCAUGUCAGGCUAAGACUCCACCACCAGUUUUUGAAGCAGCUCCCGUGAAAUCUUUGAUACAAACUGCGAAAACUUCUCCUGCUAGAGAAGAUGAUGGACAUCAACAUAUAGGGUCACAUCCAAAUACAGAUAAAUGGUCAAAUGGUGUUUUGCCAGUGUCAUCCCCACGAAAGGUUAGGUCUGGAAUUCGGGAUAGAAAACUCAGGGAUAGGCCCAGCCCGCUGGGGCCAAAUGGAAAGAUUGUUGUUUCAUAUCAGUCAGUUGGGAAGGGAGACAAUGGCAUUAAAUUGGGUAUGGACAAUGGGGAUUUGACUCCAUAUGACUAUCAGAGACCAGUGCAGCAUCUUCUAGCAGUUGUCGAGCAGCCUGAAAUUCAAAGAGAAGGUUUGGUGCAUUCCACAGGAAGACCAAGGGUGCCUAGUAAAGAUCAGAGUGAAGGAGGCUUUGUUGAAGAUGGGGAGGAGGUGGAACAAAUUAAUCCCAUUAAUCUCCUCUCUACAGGUUCUUUGCUUGCACCACUUGGGAUCUCAUUUUGCUCAGCUAGUGUAGGUGGGGCCCGCAAAGCUCCUGCAGUGGCUAGCAGUGGUGGCUUCAUUAGCUACUAUGACAGUGGCGGUUUGUAUGAUACUGAGACAUUGAAGAAACGUAUGGAUCAGAUUGCAGCAGUGCAGGGCCUUGGAGAGGUUUCCGCAGAAUGUGCUAGCUUGUUGAGUAGCAUGUUGGAUGUCUACUUGAAGAAACUGAUUAGGUCAUGUGUUGAUUUGGUUGGAUCAAGGUCAACAGGUGAACCGAGAAAGCACUCUGCCCACAAGCAGCAGCCUCAAGGCAAGCUUGUUAAUGGUAUGUGGCCAAGCAAUCACUGGCAUAUGCAGAGUACCACCGGGCCCACAAAAGUUUUGCAUGAGCAGGGGCAGCAGCGCUUAGUAUCUCUGCUUGAUUUCAAAGUGGCAAUGGAGCUAAAUCCUCAGCAGCUGGGUGAAGAUUGGCCAUGGCUGCUUGAAAAAAUUUGUUUGCAUUCCUUUGAAGAAUGAGUUCCCUGCAAAAAUUUGUUUAUCAUGAAGCUGUGAUUGGUUCAACGUGCAACUGAAGCUCCUAGAUCUUUUGGAUUACUGACAUGUACCGGAUGGAUCAGUCAGAUAAAGCUCUGCCCUUUGCAAGAUGAAAUUAUGGGUUUGAGUGUCAGGAUGCCUGUACACCUGCUGCUGAGCCGGGAUUGAUCAUAUAAUUAUCUUUAAGCAACUGAAGUAUGCUGCUUGAAAAGAAAGUGCUUACAAGUGGUUGCUCUGUCGUACGAUUAGUAAUUUUUGUUGGCUGUUUGCUGCCAUUUCAACAGAUCUCAAGUUUUUCUUGUAAUUUACAGCCAAUGAGGAGGAAAGGUACAACUGAGAGGCAUGAUCAUGAAGGGCUUAUGUUCGACAUGAGGAUACAUCUGAGGUUUUGUGCUUGUCAAUGUAAGCGCUUGAACUUUGAAGCAAGGGAGGAUGAAUGUAAUUAUAUAAGUAUUGUUUAUAUAGUAAACCUUAGGCAAUUGUAGCAAUUAAGAGAGAAAACACUUAUCAAUUCAAACAGCGGCACCAGCAGUAAGUGUACUUUGAUUCACAUUUGUUUUUAUUACCAGUGAAUUGAGUGUUCCUUCCAGUGCAGAGUCAGUCCAAGCGCAUCUGCUUUAUUUGUUUGGAUUUGAUAUUUACAUGUGAUCCAUAAAAUUAAAAUUUAAAAAUGCUGAAGAGAAAAGCCAUCAAUUUUGUACAAAAUGAAACUCAGUCUGUUGCUUUCUUCUAUUCAAAUUCCAACUCAGUUCUGAGGUGAACAAGAAGACUGCAUCGCUUCUGCUGAUGCUUUGCAAAUAGGGCACCAAUUCUUCACCUGCAAC